GUGCGAGUUGUUGGAUUAUUUCCGCCAGGCCUGGAGGAGGAGGAGGAUGCCCAGUUCGCCUUUUGAAAUCAUUCUGAAGAGUGCUUAAUCCGGGCGAGAUCCGGUUUCCCAGGCCUGGAGGGCCAGCUCAGGGUGGCCUCUCCCAGAGCACUUGGCUGGUCUACCUGAGUGAGGACAGCAGCCUGCACCAUUGUUGAGCGUUCCUUGGGGACAGUGGGCUUGCCUGAUUGGGCCCAGAGAUGGGAUGCCAGGCCUCCUCGGGGAGCACCAGAGACGCAGGGGCCUCUCUGAGCUGCUGCUGUGACGGCAAGUGAGUAAGCAGCCAGAGGAUGUCCGCGACCACAGCGGCCGCCCCCGCCGGGAUCCCGGCGCCCCCGGGCCCCGUGAACCCGCCCCCGCCGGAGGUCUGCAGCCCCAGCAAGCCGGGCCGGAAGACCAACCAGCUGCAGUACAUGCAGAACGUGGUGGUGAAGACGCUGUGGAAGCACCAGUUUGCCUGGCCCUUCUACCAGCCCGUGGACGCGAUCAAGCUGAACUUGCCUGAUUAUCAUAAAAUAAUAAAAAACCCGAUGGAUAUGGGGACAAUCAAGAAGAGACUAGAAAACAACUAUUACUGGAGUGCCAGUGAGUGCAUGCAGGACUUCAACACCAUGUUUACAAACUGUUACAUUUAUAACAAGCCCACAGAUGACAUAGUCCUAAUGGCCCAGGCUUUAGAGAAAAUCUUUCUGCAGAAAGUGGCUCAGAUGCCCCAGGAAGAAGUUGAACUGUUACCCCCAGCUCCAAAGGGCAAAGGCCGGAAGCCGGCUACGGGAGCCCUGAGUGCAGGUACGCAGCAAGUGGCAGCUGUGUCCUCGGUUUCCCCAGCGACCCCCUUCCAGAACAUGCCCCCCACUGUCUCUCAGACUCCCGUCAUUGCUGCCACCCCCGUACCAACCAUCACUGCAAAUGUCACAUCGGUUCCUGUCCCCCCGGCUGCCGCACCACCUCCUCCGGCGACACCCAUCGUCCCUGUGGUCCCUCCCACACCGCCUGUUGUCAAGAAAAAGGGAGUGAAGCGGAAAGCAGACACCACCACGCCCACCACAUCUGCCAUCACUGCCAGCCGCAGUGAAUCACCGCCGCCACUGUCAGAGCCCAAGCAAGCCAAAGUGGUGGCCCGGCGGGAGAGUGGGGGCCGCCCCAUAAAGCCGCCCAAAAAGGACCUGGAGGAUGGCGAGGUGCCACAGCACGCGGGCAAGAAGGGCAAGCUGUCGGAGCACCUACGGUACUGUGACAGCAUCCUCCGUGAGAUGCUGUCCAAGAAGCACGCUGCCUACGCGUGGCCCUUCUACAAGCCAGUGGACGCUGAGGCGCUGGAGCUGCACGAUUACCAUGACAUCAUCAAGCACCCCAUGGACCUCAGCACCGUCAAAAGGAAGAUGGACAGCCGCGAGUACCCAGAUGCACAGGGCUUUGCUGCUGACAUCCGGUUAAUGUUCUCGAAUUGUUAUAAGUACAACCCUCCAGACCACGAGGUGGUGGCCAUGGCCAGGAAGCUCCAGGACGUGUUUGAGAUGAGGUUUGCCAAGAUGCCUGAUGAGCCCGUGGAAGCCCCCACGCUGCCUGCUCCCACAGCCCCCCUGGUGAGCAAGGGUGCCGAGAGCAGUCGCAGCAGUGAAGAGAGCUCUUCAGACUCGGGCAGUUCGGACUCCGAGGAGGAGCGGGCUACGCGUCUGGCCGAGCUGCAGGAGCAGCUUAAGGCUGUGCAUGAGCAGCUGGCCGCCCUGUCUCAGGCCCCAGUGAAUAAGCCAAAGAAGAAGAAGGAGAAAAAGGAGAAGGAGAAGAAGAAGAAAGACAAGGACAAGGAGAAAGAGAAGGAGAAGCACAAGGCCAAGUCAGAGGAGGAGAAGAAGGCCAAGGCGGCCCCGCCCGGCAAGCCAUCCCAGCAGAAGAAGGCUCCCACCAAGAAGGCCAACAGCACGACCACGGCCAGCAGACAGCUGAAGAAGGGUGGCAAGCAGGCAUCUGCAUCCUAUGACUCGGAUGAAGAGGAGGAAGGCCUGCCCAUGAGCUAUGACGAGAAGCGCCAGCUGAGCCUGGACAUCAACCGGCUUCCGGGAGAGAAGCUGGGCCGCGUGGUGCAUAUCAUUCAGUCCCGUGAGCCCUCGCUCAGGGACUCCAACCCUGACGAGAUAGAGAUUGACUUCGAAACGCUGAAGCCCACCACGCUGCGGGAACUGGAGAGAUACGUCAAGUCUUGUUUACAGAAAAAGCAGAGGAAACCGUUCUCAGCGAGUGGGAAGAAGCAGGCAGCCAAGUCGAAGGAAGAGCUAGCUCAGGAGAAGAAGAAGGAGCUGGAGAAGCGGCUGCAGGACGUCAGCGGACAGCUCAACAGCAAGAAGCCCACCAAGAAAGAGAAAUCUGGUUCAGCGCCCUCAGGCCCGUCCAGGCUCAGCAGCAGCAGCUCCUCCGAGUCUGCCAGCAGCAGCUCCAGUGGGUCUAGCUCUGACAGCAGUGACUCCGAGUGAACUCUGGGCUGGAACAGAGCAGAACAAAUGGAUAUGGCACGCACCGAGUCUCUGCAGUGUCCCCUUCUAUGGUUAAUAUACUACUUUUGUUCCAUGGUGUGCAGGUUUUCUUUUACUUCAGUGUUAUGAUCUCUUCCAGCUGUACUUCAAGACGGCGGAGAGCCUCGCGUGUGCCUCGGGCCUGACAGAGAGGCUGAGCUCUGCAAGUCUUUUCCUCGUAACUUGCUUGGUUCAGUUGCUCGGAGACGACAGCCUUGGAUGCUAACCUGAUAACUGCCGAACACCGAGUGCGGGCGGCGUGGCCAGAGGACCUCCCCAGUCCCUCUUCUCAUGCCCAGCCUGGCCUAUAACUCGGAAAGUCUUUCAAGGAUAUUUCUCUGAAAAUGGGUACUGUGUUUGAAAGCUGUUAAAACACUAACCAGCAGAUGGCAUCUUUGCCAUGUGGACAUCUUUGCUAGGGCUGAGGACAGAUGUGCCAGUCCAUAAAACCAGGCUGGGCCCCAGUGGAGGCCCAUAUAGCUUCCGACCAGAGCCGUGCACGCACCUUCGGGCUGUGCGUGGAGGGGGAGGGAUGCCGAAUUUCUCCAGCCCUCCUGGGAGGGAACGCAGCCAGCUGUGUGUGCAGCGUGCCGGUUUCCGAACACUGAAACUUUUACCUCAACUUAAAAAGAAAAAAAAGAAAAGAUUAAAAAAAAGAGAGAGAGAGAGAGACUUUUUUUUUGUAAGUUCAUCGAUUUUCUACAGACGUCCAGCCCAGCGUGCCCCACGUUGCUAGCGCUGCCCGGCAGCUGCCGCCUCACACUCUGGACCACUUCCCCAGUUUUAUGUAUAUAUAAAUAUUUAUUAAUAACACCAUCGGUCAUUUUUAAAAAAAGAAAAAAGACAAGAAAGAAAAGACCGUAAAGAAGUGCAUUAAGAGAAGUAGUGGAGACGCAGGCCUUCCGGCAGCCCAGGGGGACCUGAUGGCCCGCGGCGGGGGUCCUCCUUCCAGCGCUCGGCUCGUCUGUGUGCUCUCUGGGCUUGUUGGCUUUUUUUUUUUUUUUUGUAUAAAAUUUGGAGAUUUUACAAACAUAGACACCCUUAGCCAUUCUCAUGUUUUUUUUUUGUUUUUUUUUUUUUAAUGUUGUCUGUUCAGUUCCUUCAUCUUCUUCACCUCUAGUCUCUUUAGGACUAUUUGAAAAGAAAUCAACUUAGGGAACCUCACUUCUAUAACAUAAGCUUUGUAAGCAGAGAGAAAAAUGUACAGUAGGUUGAAGUCUUGACUUUUAAUUUUCUAUUGUAAAAAGUAAUAAUAUACAGAGUUUAACAGAAAGUUCUGUUCAGUGUUGUUGUUUUGGAGGCUACUGAAUGGAGUUCAGGGUCUGCCUGGCUGAGCUCUGAGCAUUGUGGGCUCAGCCAGGAGCACACGGGCUGGCCUCCCAGCCUCCGGAGGCCCAGGCAGCUCUCCCUGACCUGUCUGCUCUCGGCAGGGGCCAAGAUAACCCUGGAUGCCAGUGCUCUCUACUCGAGAAUUUUCUGUUAGUCUAGAAAUGAUUGAAGCAGGUUAUUGUCCCUGACCACCCGAGGAAUGGAGCCCCAUGGAGUUCUAUCCUUUUGUCCGGGGUCCUCCAUUUCUGCCAACAUUUCUGGGUAGAGACAGGGACUCAUCAUCCUCAUCCCUAUGUGGGAUGAUGUUCAAUAUUCCUAAAGUCUGUUCCUGUCCCACCAGCCCCCACAAAGGCCUGUAGGUCCUGAUAGAUGUCGACCGCGAGAGGAAAUGGUUGGCUAACUUCCAUGUUUCUAGAAGCCUGGUGAGUUGUCAGCCAGUUUAUUAAACUUGUAAGUCAGUUUUGUUUAUAAUAAAAAUAUAAGUGGA